CCCAGUCUGCGCGCGACCCGAGCUGCCGCCGCCCGCCAUGCGCCGCCCCGGGCCCGCCUGCUGCGCGCUCCUGCUCGUCCUGGGGCUGUGCCCCGCGUGCGGGGCGCGCACCCGCAACGUGCUGCUGCUCCUCGCGGACGACGGGGGCUUCGAGAUCGGCGCCUACAACAACAGCGCGGUGGCCACUCCACACCUGGACGCCUUGGCGCUCCGCAGCCUGCUCUUCCGCAAUGCCUUCACCUCUGUCAGCAGCUGCUCGCCCAGCCGGGCCAGCCUCCUCACCGGCCUGCCCCAGCAUCAGAAUGGGAUGUACGGCUUGCACCAGGACGUCCACCACUUCAACUCCUUCGACCAGGUGCGCAGCCUGCCGCUGCUGCUCACCCAGGCCGGCGUCCGCACAGGCAUCAUCGGGAAAAAGCACGUGGGGCCACAGGCCGUGUACCCGUUUGACUUCGCGUACACGGAGGAGAACAGCUCUGUCCUCCAGGUGGGGCGGAACAUCACCAGAAUUAAGCUGCUGGUCCGGAAAUUCCUGCAGACUCGGGACGACAGGCCCUUCUUCCUCUACGUGGCCUUCCACGACCCCCACCGCUGCGGACACUCCCAGCCCCAGUAUGGAAGCUUCUGUGAGAAGUUUGGCAGCGGGGAGAGCGGCAUGGGGCGAAUCCCGGACUGGACACCCCACGUCUACAACCCCCAGGACGUGCUGGUGCCGUACUUCAUCCCCGACACCCCGGUGGCCCGAGCCGACCUGGCCGCCCAGUACACCACCAUCAGCCGGAUGGACCAGGGGAUCGGCCUUGUGCUCCAGGAGCUGCGGGAAGCGGGGGUCUUGAAUGACACCCUGGUGGUCUUCACGUCCGACAACGGAAUCCCCUUCCCCAGCGGCAGGACCAACCUGUACUGGUCGGGCACCGCCGAGCCCUUGCUGGUGUCCUCCCCGGAGCACCCGAAGCGCUGGGGCCGGGUCAGCGAGGCCCCCGUCAGCCUCCUAGAUCUCACGCCCACCAUCUUGGAUUGGUUCUCCAUCCCCUACCCCAGCUAUACCAUCUUUGGCUCAAAGACCGUCCAUCUCACCGGCCGGUCCCUCCUGCCAGCGCUGGACUCAGAGCCCCCCUGGACCCCCGUCUUCGGCAGCCAGAGCCACCACGAGGUCACCAUGUCCUACCCCAUGCGCUCUGUGCUCCACCAGAGAUUCUGCCUUGUGCACAACCUGCACUUCAAGAUGCCCUUUCCCGUCGACCAGGACUUCUACGUCUCGCCAACGUUCCAGGACCUCCUCAACCGCACCGUGGCGGGCCAGCCCACUGGUUGGUACAAAGACCUCCAUCACUACUACUACCGGGACCGCUGGGAGCUCUACGACAGGCUCCAGGACCCCCAUGAGACCCGGAACCUGGCUUCCGACCCACGCUACACCAAGGUGCUGGAGGCGCUCAGGACCCAGCUGGCCAAGUGGCAGUGGGAGACGCAGGACCCCUGGGUGUGCGCUCCUGACGGGGUCCUGGAGGAGAAGCCCUCUCCCCAGUGCUGGCCACUCCACAAUGAGCUCUGAGUGUCCCCGGAGGCUCGCCCUGCCCUUCCCCCACGCAGCACCUGAUGAUGGAGGGAGUGGGCAAGUCCUUCCCCCUCCCCCAAACGAGAAGGGCUUCCAGUCCUGCCCCUGCCUGGGAGAGGAGAGCAGAGGGCGUGCCCCGCGGUGCUGCCACUGCUGUCCUUCCGUGUCCUGGCCCAGGGGGUCUCGGGCAGACCCUGGGACGGGCUGGUUGCCGGAUUGAACCGUGGGCCUGGCUGGACGUGUUCUUGGUGCUGGUCUGCAUCGUGGCGGGCGCGGGCCUGCUGUCAAGAGGCUCUCGAAGAUGUUACUUCAAUUAAGGGCCUGAGUCAGGUGGGGCUUUAAUCGGACUCCCGGAGUCCUCUAGGAGCACAGUGGAAUUCGGGCAGAGAAAGAAGCCACAGGGAGAAGCUGGAAGUCAACAGACCUGAAGGAGAAAGGAGAAGUUGCCGCCACAUGCCUUGCUAUGUAACAGAAAAGCCAAGGCCCGAGGAUUGCUGGCCGCCAGCCCCAGAGCACCGGGGUCUUCAAGGAGAAAGCAUCGCCUGGCCAAUGCCUUGAUUUUGGACUUCUUGCCUCAAAACCGUGAGCCAAUAAACCCCCGCUGUUUCAGUCACCCCACUGCAUGGUAUUUGCUUUAGCAGCCGGGAAACUGAGACGGGUGGGAUCCCAGCCCUGAUGAGAUCGGGAGCGGUCUAGCGAGAGUCUCUUCUGGGCUGGAUCGAGGACCUGCAGGUAGCAGGGGCUGCAACCCGGGACUUGAGACCCUCUCCCUUCUUUGGAGCCCCCGGGCAUCCCCAGGCCACCCAUGAGGGGCUGAGGCCUUCCACCCCACAGGCUGCUCCGAGCCGCGCUCAGCGCAGGAACACGGUACCUUAGUUCCAAUCAACCUCUGGCCCCGAGGAAGACUUUGGAAGACACGUGGGCUUGAUUGUGAUUCCUUUGCCUUACCCCACUGUCAAGUUCUAGACCUCCAGGUUGGGUUUCUAUGAAUCCACUGACAACCACAUUUCCUUAAAGGUAACAAUUUUAGUUCCAUGGUCUUUAUGGGCAGAGCUUGUCCUUCUUUCACAGAUGUCCAAGGAUGAAACUGUCCUUCUCCCUCUGGCUUGGCCCAGUUCCGCUGGGAUGGACACCAGUGUCUGACACGGACACUUCUCCAGAAUGCUCCACCCACCACGUGAGCAGAAGCUCUACUCAGGAACCCCUAGAAAGAGGGGGCUCCUUCCCCAGAGUGUUUGGGCUCCCACCGCCCUUCCCUCCCUCCUCAACUCCAUGCUGGUGGGGGGGCCGGGGAGAAAGAGGCAGGCCAGAGCCUCAGGAAAGCUUUUUAUUUUAGGAAAAUACAGAGAAUUUCACUUCCUGAA